CGUAAAUGAAAAGUUGAAAGUUAUAAUAUAAGUUAUCUCGGGUUAACAAGUUGAUUCUUAAAAAAUAUUACAGUAAUGAAAUAGACAGAGAAACAGGAUUACAUUUAAUUGAGAUUAGAUUAAAUGGACCAGUCUAGAAGGGCAGAAAAUUAUAACCAAAUUCAAACAGUAGGGAUAGUAAAUGAUGUGACGAGUAAAGAAGAAGAAGAAGAAGAAGAGGAAGAAGAAGAUGACUCAGAUGAGGAUUUAGAAGAGAUAAAAAGCGAUGCUGAAAACUUGGCUUCUCCUUUCAAUGAACCAAACAUCGUUUUGGUAUUUGACAACAGAAAGCUCUAUCUACAAAAGGAGCACCUCAUAGCCGUGUCGCCUGUGUUUGAGGCAAUGUUUAGUUCUAACUUUCUUGAAGGAUCGAUGAAAGAAAUACCUUUACCUGACAAAAAGCACAGUAAUUUUGUUCAUUUUCUACGUUAUUUAUGUCCGGGAUUUGCAGAUGUACUAACAGAAGCCACUGUUCAUCAUAUGCUUCCAUUAGCUGAGGAAUAUCAAACGAAAGAUUUAAAGGAAAGAAUUGAAAAGUUCCUUAUAAAGGGUGUUUUGUCUAAGUCAGAUUCGAUCACAUCAGUACAAAUUAUCAUCAAAAUUCUUGAAGCGGAAAAGUACAAUUUAAAUGGAUACCUGACUGGAUGCAUUAUUGUAGCAUCUAGGAAACAAAUUCAAAGCUUGAAAAAAUGUUCGAAAUUUGAAGAGAUUUCUCAAAAUACACAACUUAAAAUCGCCUUUAAACGGAUGGAAGAUAUCGAUAACAUUUACGACAAAGUAAUAAGAGAUGUGCAAAAGACACAAGAUGGACAGUCAAGUGGGAAAUCUAAAAAAAAAAACAAUUUUCAAUGAAAGAUCUUGGCACACACUUAAAACCAUACAUGCAAAAGAACUAAUUGUUGUGUCCGAUCUUAGUGAAUUUAAACAAUGAUUAAACACUUUAAUUAAUUUAUAUUGGAACACGUUACCACCCUUUACUAUAGAGAGUAAUGGUUUAGUUAGUUUUACAUAUAACGACUAUUGUAUUUAUUAACUAAUUGACGUUUUUGAAAGAAUAUGUGCAAAACAGAACAUCGAAUAUUAAUCUAUAUUUUUUUUUAUAUAAACGACCGCAUAUAUAUAUUGACAUUUAUCUACAAUUGAUUACAGUAAACAUCUCAGUAAGUACAAUACUAAAUGGUCAAAUUAAGAUAUAAAAAACGACAAAACAAAAUAUACAUGUAUCAUGGACAUGGAUUAACUUUGCAAAAUUGUCAGUCACUUUUUCAAUUUAGAAGUCGUAAGUCCUUUAACGUAUUAUCGGAAGAAUAUUUUGCACACCAAAACUAAAACAACACACAGAACAACCAUAAUAUACAAUGUAAGUUGUAAAUCAAUAAAUACUGUACAUCACCUAGGGCUGCGAUACAAUAUCAAUCUUGACCGUCCGAAGUGACAACGUAACUUCUAUUGCAAACGACUGAAAGUCUGCAAAUGUGGAUCAAUGAUUAUGAAUAGGGGACUUCAAAGCCAAACUUUGGGGAAAUUAUUGAUAGUCUAAUAUGCAAUUGUUCUUUAUUUAACGUUCAUAUGGUCACUUAUACACAUACUGAAUAGUAAGCACAAUCAUGUAUUUACUUAACAGUCUUAUACAAAAUACAAAAUGUACUACAACAAACACACCAUAUCCAAUUUCAACCAGGACAUUAAUUUGAUAUUAAAACUCUGAUGAGAAACAUAAAGAAUAAGGGGGUCAUUUUUUUUAAAGUUUAAGUGAUAUUCGAAAGUAAAGGUCUUUGCGAAGUAUAUUAAAAUGAUUACAUUCGAUGUAUGUUUCAUUGUAAUACUUUAUUUUGAUUGGCUAACUGCACAUCACUUGUUAUUUCUUCAGGAAUUGCAUUACUCAAUAAAACUUUUCAUUCAUGAUAACACGUGUUCCCACAAUAAAGUGCACAGGUGAAUUAAGUAAAAAAA